UAAAAGAAGAAGAGAAGGGCGAACGCAUUUAGCGUAUUUUGCAUUUUAUUUAGUGAUUACAACAGUUUUAUAAAGCAUAAAUAAAAUGUCUGACCAGAAGCCAAAUGGAGACGAUCUAAAUGAACUGUUGGACAAUGCGCUGCAGGAUUUUGACAAAUCAUCCAGUAAAGGAGACACGCAAGGCUCUGAGAAAAACAACUCCUCAGCUGAGGCUGGUGGAGUGACAGGCGAUAGUGGCGAUGAUCCAGAUUCAUUUUUCGUCGAGCAAGCGAAAAUAUUGGCUGACCGCAUGAACACUUUGUUUGGUGGACCGGACACACCUUCCGGUGAUAUACCACCAUUGCCUCAAGAUCCAGAUCAGAUAAUGGCUGGUUUCAAGAAAAUGGCUGAAGCAGCCGCCCUCACUCUGAGUGGUGAAAACCCAGCGAACGACGAAGAAGUGUCAAAGUAUUCAGAUAGCAUUGCUCAAGCUUUAAAAGGACUGCAAGAAGGCACCGAAGGUUUGGCGGCGCCCGCCACAGAAAACGACAUUGCUGGCAUGUUCAGUUCAUUAAAUUUGGAUGGUACCGGCGAUGCGGAUGGCAACAUGUUCUUGCCUUUCAUGGAGGGCAUGAUGCAGAGUCUGCUUUCAGCCGAAAUACUAUUACCUAGCAUAAAAGAACUAUUGGAAAAGUAUCCAAAGUACCUAGAGGAUAAUGCUGAUAAAUUGUCCGCGGAAGACAAGGAAAGAUACCAAAAACAACUUGAACUCUACAAAAUAAUUGAGGGUCAUCUGGAAUCGCAAGGAGCCGAUGAUACGGCCGCUGUGAAGCGUGAGAAAUUCCGGGUCGUUCUUGACGACAUGCGCAAGCUGCAAGAUUAUGGUCAACCUCCAGCAGAAAUUCUAGCCGAAACAGGAGGUGAUCUACCCUUUGGCGACCCCACAGCACUGGCUGGUGGUGCUCCGAACCCGCAAUGCCCCACCAUGUAAGCUGGGCUAUGGCAGGCCUGAGCGAACGUGCCAAUUGCGUCCCUAUCUGUUGAAUGUUUACAUAAUUAUGAUAGGAGCUUCAUAAACAUUACAUAUUGUCGAUACUUGUGGUGGUUUUCGGUUAGGCGGUGACACUUUAUUGUUACUUUUGAUAAAUUCAACAAAAAUUGUUUGUAUU